AGCACUUGUAACGUUAGACGAUUUUGUUGCGAGUGAAUAUUGAUGGAUACAACUUUUUGAAACUGAGCCGGUCUCGCGAUAGUGAUUUUUUUUUAUUCUAUUAUUCUUCUUAUUAUAAAGCGCUUAAUGUGCAGAUUAUACAGCUUCGUAAAAUAAAUAUUUCAGUCGUUCAUGACAAUAUGUCUAGAACAUGGACAUUGUGUUUUAAGUCACCCUUAAUCACACAGCAAUCAGAUCAUCACACAUUUUUUAAUAAAUUUAACUCAUACGGAAAAUCUCAGAGAUUAUAUCUAAAUUAUAACAAUCAAACUGGAUAUGUGAUUUAUGAAACAAAAUCCACUGCCGAUCUUGCAAAAGAAGAUCUAUCUAAAAUAAAUGAAUUGUUAAUCACAAUUGAGUCACUAGUACCAAACGAAAUGGAUUUUACAUACAAUAUUGCUAAUUCAAUGUACGAUAUUUAUGGUAAUGAAGUACCUUGCAUAUCUUUAGAAGAUGGCGAAAGGUAUAUUCCAUUGAGUAAAAUGGAAAGUCUUGGCUUCCAAUUUUUUGAUAACCCUUGUACUGGAAAAGAUGAUGAUGAGAAUAUGUUGAUUGCACUGAUGGAGUACUUGAAGGUCCAGCUGCAGAUAUUUAUGAGGGUUCAAGGGAACAUAAUGAAUAUUGACAAAGUGAAUUGGUUAAUGAAUCAUUUUUUCAGUUCAAUCAAGGAGCAGCGCAUUAAUCAAAGAGAAGUGUUUUCCAAUUCAAGGCAGAGCAAAGUAGUAGAUGUGCCAAAGAGAAAUUUUGCUGUGCAAAAGGAGCAGCAGAAUCAGACAGGCCAAGAAAUGUUUAGGCAUUUAAGACCAAACAAUAAUGUGGAACCAUUAAAAAAAAAUCUAACAAAUUACCAAACAAAGGCAGACAGAGGCCCCAAAAAAGUAGUGGAAAAUGGAAAAUCUCCAAAUUCUUACACUGUGAAAAAGAAUAAAACAGCUGAAGAAUGUUCUCCAUCCAAUAUUACCAAAACUCUGAUGGGCCUGAAGAUUGUCAUCGAUAACAUGCACCAAGUGUCAUGCAGAAGAUCCAUUGCUGACUCUUUGGCAAAUACCAGCGGUAUCGUAACGGUCACAAAGAUAAUUGAUCCAACUAUUUUCAUCGCCACUGUUUUUCCUUCAACUUGCUCUGACGACGUUCUAACCUUGGAGGAAAUUAGUCCCGAUAUAAAAUCAUGCGGUAUUAUCAAUUACAAGCCGAAAGUUGGAGAAAUUGUCGCCGUACAAAAUGAUUCCAGUUUUUGGGUUCGAGGCUUUGUUAUUGAAAUCACAGUCGAUGAAAAACUGAAAGUUGGAUUGGUAGAUUACGGGACAGUUAUCGUAACAGACAGGGCAUGUGCACUUCCAGCAAGGUUCAGAACAAUUCCUGAGUAUGCUGUGAAAUGCAAAUCGACUAAACAAAUAGUUGAAAAGUUGAAAGUUGAUAGCGAUAUAGAAUAUCAUUCAACAGAAAACAACAAGUUCUCGUUUAAUAAGACGUACGAAGUAACCUGCUCUCAGUGGAAUCCACUAGAGGAUAUCAAAGUGAAAUCUCAGGCGGUAAUUUUGGAAAUGCCUCCGAGGAGUAAAAAUUUGCAGAUCAACGAAUUGGCCAUAUUAAUUAAUGUCAAGCAAGAUGGAACCUUGUACCUGAGAACGUUGGUUCAUAGCAAGAAUAUCAGGACCUUACAAAAUACAAUAAAUGAAACAAAGUUAUUAAAACUGGAGAGUGCGCCGGUUUUAAAUCAAUUGGUAAUUCACAAAUUAAAGGAUCAUUACAGUCGGGCUGUUGUUACAGACAUAAUAAAUAGUAACAAGGUGGUCCUUCGCUAUAUAGACUAUGAAAUUGUUGGAGAAGUUGACGUAGACUCAUUGUUUUACAUAGAUAAAUUCGCUGAUCAAGAGAUUCCUUUGAUCCAAGCCAAAUUGAAGGGAUUUGAAAAAAAAGGAUUUUCAGAAAAAGCAACAGAUUUCAUGAACACAUUGAAAGCUGACAUGACGAAACUAGUCAUAGAAAAUUAUAAUAAGAGUGCUGAAUUAGUAGAAUUGUCUACUGAGAAUCAAUCUUUGAAUCUUUUGAUUGAGAAAGUAGAGAAACCCGGUUACCCACGAUUUCAGGAUUUGCAAAUGAGGAAGUUAACAAUCGGAGAACAGUACAAGAUGCUUCUUAUAGAGAUGGAAUACAUAGAGAAGACCACGUGUCAUUGCAUGUUGAGCGACGAAAACGUGCAAGCAGAAUUUCUAACCAUCUGUAAGAUUAUCGAAAAGAACAAGAAUCCCACGCAUCCGUUAAAUCUCCAUGUCGACGAACUGUGCAUUGCUAAAUACGAACAAGAAUGGUUCAGAGGUCAAGUUUUGGACAUCGAAAGCGACGGAAGGGCGUGUACGAUAUACUUUAUCGAUUUUGGGAAUGUCUCUCGCGUCGAUUUUGAAAAUAUACGUAAUAUUCCAGAGGAAUUGUUGGAAUUUUCUCCUAUGGCCAUGAAGACUGUUUUCUCUGGUCAAAAACCAACAGUAAUCUACCAAGUGCAUGAAGUCAUUGUUCGCGAAAUCAAUACGUCUAGCAACACAUACUUCGUUGAUUUGUUGGAGUAAACUUACACUUUAUUUAUUUAGAAUCGUUUUUUCGUUUUUUAUUAUGUUAUGUUAGGGGACACGCAUAUUAUUAUUUCUAAUAUGUUAUCAGUAUUUUUUUGUUUAGUUGUGUCAUGUUUCGUAAUGGCAUUUAUAGAUCUCGUUAAGUUUUUAUCUCUGUUUAUGCUUAAUUAUAUUGUUCUAUUAACUGAUACUUUAGGCUAAAAAAAUAUAUAUUUGUUUACGUUUUUAUACCUAU